AUGGCUGCAGUUAGUUCCCCGUCGCCGGCCGACCUGAGAAGAAAAGAAGAAGAAGAAGAAGUCAAGAGGAGGAUACGAUGCGCGCUGUGGAACAUAGGCACGUCGUGGCCCCUCAAGGCCGGGAUCAAGUUCCCGAUCAGCCGCGUCGGCCGGUACCUCAGGCAGGGCCGCUAUGCGCGUCGCGUCGCGGCGCUGGCCCCCGUCUUCCUCGCCGCCGUCCUCGAGUACCUCGUCGCCGAGGUCCUGGAGAUGGCCGGCAACGCGGCCAAGGACAACAAGAAGAAGCUCAUCACCCCUCGCCACCUGCUUCUGGCCAUCCGGAACGACAACGAGUUCAGCAGGCUGCUCGCCGGCGUCACCAUCGCCCAGGCCGGCGUCGUACCCUACAUCAACCCGGUGCUGCUCCCCAAGAACAACAAGACCGCCCACAAGGCCGGCAAGUUCAAGUCCUCCAAGACUCCAAGUUAA